AUGGAACUGGACCUGAACCUGGUUCCGCUCGCGGUUCUGCGCAGUUCAGGACACGGAGGGGUGAACCAGCUCGGCGGGGUCUUCAUCAACGGCCGACCCUUACCGCACGAGCUGAGGCAGCGCAUCGUGGAGCUCGCGCAGCUCGGCGCGCGUCCCUGCGACAUCUCACGGCGCCUGCGCGUCAGCCACGGCUGCGUCAGUAAAAUCCUGCACAGGUACAACGAGACGGGAAGCGUCCGCCCAGGGCUCAUCGGGGGUUCUAAACCCAAAGUGGCCACGCCCACAGUGGUGCAAAAGAUCCUGCAGCUGAAACACAACUACCCCAACAUGUUCGCCUGGGAGAUCCGAGACAGGCUGGUGCUGGAGCGAGUGUGUGAUGAUGACAACGUGCCCAGCAUAAGCUCGGUCAACAGGAUCAUCAGGAACAAAAUCCAGUGCAAGUCUUGUGAAGUUACAUCCUCCGUUUCCAUGGAAACACACUGUUCCUCCGAGUCCAGGUUUUCAAUAAGUGGGAUUCUGGGAAUUAGGAAGUACGUCAAACACAAAGAAGGAGGGGACUUUUCCUGCCGUGAACGCCACGACCAGCAGCGUUCUUGCUCCGCUAUGCUGGAACAGUUUGGCCCCGGCCUGACCUUUCACCCCCGGCUGCAGGCCGAUUAUAACUCAGACCUGUCAGGACCUUCAGGUGACAACUGA